UUUACGGAUUUAGCCAUCCAUGCUGAGUUUGAAAACUUAUAUGACCAACUCAAACCUCUUACCGCAACAUCCGAUGAAGAUCGGGGUUGGUUUAAGGCCAAGAUGGUGGAUAUAGCUCACCAGUUUUUAAACAACAACCCAAAGGAGAAGAGUAUUUUAAAUUCCCAACAUUUCAAAGCCUUGAAAGAGCUACGGGAAAAUUCUAAUAUAAUUAUUACUAAACCUGAUAAAGGUUCUGGAGUCGUCAUUAUGAAUAAAAGUGACUACAAAUCUAAAAUGAUGUCUAUUCUUGAUGACAAGAGCAAAUUUAGUCGUGAUCCCUCCUCAGAAGAUAUUCAGUUGUUGCAGGGCACAGUGACAGCUAAUCUACUGAAGCUUCAUGGCCUAAAUGCUAUAAGUAAAGAUAAACUGGACUCAUUAAAACCGUCAGAUUGUAAAUUCCCACAUAUGUAUGGGUUGCCGAAAAUACAUAAACCCAAUAAUCCUCUACGUCCUAUAUUGUCAAUGUGCAAAUCCCCAACGCAUAAACUUGCUAAAUGGUUAGUGGAAUUAUUGACUCCAGUCAAAACACAAUUCUGUAAGUAUGUGUUAAAAGAUACAUUUGAAUUGGUUGAUGUUCUUGAUGAUAGUAAUAUUAAUAUAAUGAACAAGAAUAUGUACUCUUUUGAUGUAAACUCGUUAUUCACUAAUGUGCCUUUGAUCAAAACAGUUGACAUUUUGUGUGAUUAUAUUUCCACAAACAAUUUUUUCAUCCCGUUCCCUAUAUCUUACUUAAAAGAUUUAUUACUUCUAUGUACUAACAAUGUUAGGUUUACAUUUGAAGGCGACUGUUUCCGCCAAGUUGAUGGUGUUGCUAUGGGCAGUCCGUUAGGGCCCCUUUUAGCAGAUAUUUAUAUGUCGUACAUUGAGAAUUUAUCGGAAGAUUUAAUCGAAAAUGUGCCACUUUAUAGAAGGUAUGUAGAUGAUAUCGUAGUCAUCAGUGAUAAGCCUUGUUCUGCCACCUCAAUUUUAAAUCGAAUGAAUGAAGUUCAGAAUAGCAUAUCACUUACAUCUGUAGAAGAGGAAGAUAAUUGUUUAUCUUUCCUAGACAUAUUGCUUAGUCGACGGCUUGAUGGGUCAAUAAAAAGAUCUAUUUAUAGAAAACCUACCUGGACAGGACAGUAUCUUAAUUACCACAGUUUCUGCCCUAUUCGGUACAAAAGAGGCUUAGUAAGGUGCCUCUUCAGUAGAAUCCGACGAAUAUGCACUGAAGACACGCUUGAUGAAGAGGAAAGAAUAUUGACACAAACUCUGGUUGAUAACAAUUAUCCAGAAAAGUUCAUCAGGAGAUAUAAAGUAGUCAGAACACCAAGACCCACUCUCCAACUCGCCCCUAAGAAAGACGUGUACAUCAAGCUACCCUAUAUGGGACAUCAAAGCAGCUUGAUAACUAGACAAAGGCUGAACGCUGCUGUUAAAAAGACUUUUUAUGCAGCUAAUAUCAUAAUAUUAGAGAAUGUAAAGCCAUUAUAUCUAUCUAAGCCCUUCGAACAUGCGAAAAAUGACGUCACAUCCCACUGUAUUUACCAAUUUGAAUGUACGUGUGGACACACAUACAUAGGGAGGACUCAUCGAUCUCUGCAAGUAAGGGCUUCAGAGCAUAUUCCAAAAUGGCUCCAGAAACAAAUGGAAUCAUCAGAACCUAUUAACGGUGAGAACAGGAGACCUAGCUCUUCUAUUGCGAAACAUAUUAUAGAGACAGGUCAUAAAAUUGAUGUUGACAGAUCUUUUAAACCUAUCUAUAAAACGUGUUUGGGGCGUAUCCUAAAGUUUGUAGAAGCCCUAGCAAUUAGAAAGUUCAAGCCACCUUUAUGCGUUCAAAAACAAUUUGUCAUCACAUUAAACCUUCCUUGGUAAAUUUUGUUUUGAUACCAUAGCAGAUGUACUAUUACCUCUGCUAUUUGGUUUAGUGGUCUUCAUUUUUAUUUUUUGACCUUGAAUAUGUCCUUUUAACUUGACCUAAGUCUAUUUUUCUCACCUCUUACCUC